ACACUCGCUUGGCACCUGUUGCGUUUAAUUGGCGCGACGUGCGCUAAAUUUCAAAUGUUUUAUCGCACAACAAUGUCUGAUGGUGUAACGUACGAUAUGUAACAUGCUUUUUCAUUUUCAUUGUUGUUUGAUUCGACGAAUUGCAAAGUGUUUACGAUUGUUGGCUGAGAAUUCACACUACAAUUGCCGACUCUUGUGUUUCUCAUAGAAUAAUAUGGCUGCCCAGGAUGAUUCAUUUCCCAAAGCAGAUGCGACAGAUCCACAGGAUGAGCAAGCGAUCGUAGAGCUAUUGCGAUUCCUAGAGACGCGUAUUCAAAGGAGAGAUCUAUUGCAAGAGGAUGUGAGCGAGAAACAAAAUCAUUUCAGAAAUAUGUUAGUGAAACUGGAACAUGAAAACACAUGCUUAAGACAUGACACUAAUGAACAGAAAAAGAUAAUCUUCACAUUAGAAGGCCGUAUCUGUAAAUUACAAAACCACAUUGAUAGCUUGUUAUAUAAAUUGAAUAAUGCGUGCGAUGCUAUGAGAAACGUACAGCAAGAAUUGAGGGACAGAGACAGGCAACUCCAACAACAUAUAUUAGACAAGCAAAAAUUAAUACAGAGGUGCAACAUUAUAAUACAAGCGGAGAUUAAUAAAAUGACCAAGGAAAUGCAGAUAAAAUUGCAGGAACAGCGUGAGCAACUGACGAGCUGUAUUAAAAAGAAGGAUGACAAAUUGAAAUUGGUGAGACAAAUAUUAACUUCAGCUCGUGAGGAUACAUGCGAUAAUGACAUCUUAAUACCACCGAUAGCUUUGAGUUCGAGAAUAGAGACUACAAAAAAAGUAACUUCGAUAGUACCUAAGAAAGAACUUUCCUUUAUGAUGCCAGUUAAUCUUCAAACUUCCAGAAGUCCUUGUAGACAAAUGCGCCAGACAUUAUUUUCUCGUGCAAUUUCCAAUAAUGAUAUCCAUGAAAAAACUACAGAAGAACCAAAUCCAUCGUUAUCCAAAGAAGAAUCUUCCACAAUGGCAUUUAUGGAUUCUCAGAUUUCCAGCUCUCGUGAUCGGAUCCACCAGAUACCCUGGCACAUAAGAACUGAUUCUGAUAGUGUCCAAAGAAAGACCACAAAAAACACAAUUUCAAUGACAGUUGCAGAAUCUUCCAUGCCUUCGGAUUCAAAAACCGAGAUUAUAGAGAAAUCGAACUCAAUGACGCCCAUUGAUUCUUCAUCAUCUACGAUUGCGUCAACCAAUACAAUUAUUACUAAAAUUAAUUUUAAUAAAAAGGAUAAGACCCCAGUGGUGAACCCACGAUACCAGCGAGUGCAAAAUGCUGAUAAAUGGAUAAAUCAUCGUCCUGCCAGGAUAGUUCCGACCGGUACAAUUUUACAACCACGAACACAGCCUCAUAAGCGAACCAUUCGAAAGUUGACAAAUCCAAAAGAUUUUAUGGCCAGAUCUUCCAGAUACUGCCUUCUUUCGCAGGAACAAGACGAAGAUGGUGAACUUGAGACCAAAUUGUAUAAAGCCGAUGUAUUGCCGACUUGUGGAGGAGGGGCGCAGAUUGUAUUUAACGAUAUAGAAUGCUUGAAACAGAUAUCUCCAACCGUUGCAAAAUGUAAUGGACAGAAAAUUGGAAAAUAAUUCGGUAAAUACAUAAAUUUUGUGUAAACUACCAAAAAAUCUUCGUAAGUCCUAAGAUAAUUGUAAGAUAGCUUUGUAAGAUAG